AUGAGCAUCCCCAUUCCCCGUGGCAUCUGGACCCUUGUUAUCAACCACAUCUGCCCCUGCUACGAUGACCCCCACCCCAACCACCACCCCUAUACCUCCAGCAACUCCAGGCUAGCCUACCACCGAUGGCCCAGCUUCUGGCAGUUUCAGAGGACGGUCAAGUACAUCACAGGGCGGAGCGCCUUCUUCUUAUACGGAUAUGGCUGCUACUGUGGCCUUGGGGGCAAAGGGAACCCCGUGGAUGACACUGACAGAUGCUGCCUGGCACAUGACUGCUGCUAUGAGAAGCUGAAGCAAUUCGGCUGCCAGCCUGUGCUGAACAGCUACCAGUUCCACAUCGCCAAUGGGUCCGUGGCCUGUACACGUGCCCUCGGUCCCGGUGUCAGCUGUCUCUGUGGGCUGCGGGCAUGCGAGUGUGACAAGCAGUCUGCGUACUGCUUCAGAGAGAGCCUGCCCACCUACGAGAAAACCUUCGAGCAGUUCUCCACCCGGCCCCACUGUGGGAGGCAUAAACUCCAGUGCUAG